AUGACCCCGCCGUCGUACUUGAAAGCGUAUGCGAGGAGAUUUUCGAGCGGGACAGAGCCGCGCAGAGACUCCAAGAUGGACCACAUCCAGCGUGGACCGCAGCUUCACCGCGCCUUCAUUGCGCUGGGUAGUAAUGUGGGAGAUCGCGUCGAAAUGAUUGAAAAAGCUUGUCACGAGUUGGACCGGGCGAAUAUCAAAGUCAAGCGGACUAGCUCGCUGUUCGAGACGACGCCAAUGUAUGUGCUGGAACAAGACACAUUUAUCAACGGAGUCUGCGAGGUUGAAACAACGCUCGCGCCUAUGGAGCUGCUUGAUGCCCUCCAAUCAAUUGAGAAUGCGCUGGGUCGAAAGAAACUAAUUGACAAGGGCCCGCGGUCAAUCGAUUUGGAUAUUCUGUUGUAUGAUCAAGAGAUCUUCUCUCACGAGCGUCUAAAUGUACCACACAACCUCAUGUUGGAGCGAGAUUUCGUCCUCCGGCCACUCUGCCAAUUGAUCCCUCAUGAACGACCUCCCCAACCAGCGAAGAGCACUCAAACAUACAGCGAAUAUCUCAAAGCCCUUCCGCCGCCAGAGCCCACCCCAUACUCAACAACACCGAUCUCUCCAGCUUUCCCAUCAUUGCACGCGACAGACCCCACGCGCAACACCCACGUCAUGGCCAUCCUCAAUCUCACCCCCGACUCGUUCUCUGACGGCGGGACUCACUCCCCAGCCGAUUUCACCCAACUCACCGAAACCAUCCGCAACUUCAUCGCAUCCGGCGCAACCAUCAUCGACAUUGGCGGGGAAAGCACCCGCCCAGGCUCCAAGCCCGUCGGCGCAGACGAAGAAAUCGCCCGCGUCGUCCCAGCCAUCAAGCACAUCCGCGCAAACAUCCCCGAGGCAGCCAAUAUCGCCAUCAGCAUUGAUACCUACCGCGCGACCGUCGCGGACGCAGCCUGCGCCGCCGGCGCAGACAUCAUCAACGACAUCUCCGCCGGCAUGUUAGACCCGGACAUGCUGCCCACAGCCGCACGCAUCGGCAAAUCCAUCAUCCUGAUGCACAUGCGCGGCACGCCGCAGACUAUGACCAAACUAGCCAAAUACCCGAACGGCGUGAUCCCCGAGGUGGCCGCCGAGCUGCACCGGCGCAUCGCCGCCGCCGAGGAGGCAGGUAUUCGGCGCUGGCGGAUCAUCCUUGAUCCUGGUCUGGGCUUUGCGAAAAAUCAGCCCCAUGAUUUGGAGAUCCUGCGUGACUUGCCUCGGCUUCGUCAGGUCGAGGGCCUGGAAUGCUUCCCCUGGUUGAUGGGGCCUAGUCGGAAGCGGUUUAUUGGGCAUAUUACCGGUGUUAAGACACCGAAGGAGCGAGUGUGGGGUACGGGUGCGACUGUGUCCGCUAGUGUUGCUGGCGGUGCAGACAUUGUGCGGGUGCAUGAUGUCCGUGAAAUGUGGCAGGUUGCGAAGGUCGCGGAUGCGAUCUAUCGGGUAUAA